AUGAAGAACCCGCUAGCCAAGGACGUCAUCGCUUUGACCGGCGACUUUGGCAAAACCAGCACGCAUGAGGCAAUAAAACGCUGGAUCCAGCACCAUGGCGGCAAAUUCGCGACAGAGAUCAAUCAAGAAACAACCCACCUGAUCUGCACAGUGGAGCACUGGAAAAGGAAGGUUGUGGCGGUGAAGCAAGCCAUCCGACACAAGGGAGUUAAGAUUGUUACCUAUGACUGGCUUGAGGACUGUCUGCACCAGAAGACCCAUAAGCGGGAGACGCCAUACUUGCUGGAGACAGUUGUGAAAGAUAACAGGAAAAAGAAGCAUGAGCGCAAGGAGAAGGAAUGGAAGGCCACCAAGAAGGACGUUAGGGAGUUCGAAAAGGGCGCGAAGGCGGCGGAGGCGGCAUUAGGCUCAGGUGGGUCCUCCGCAGAUUCAACCCCAACUUCACCAGUAUCGCCUCCCGGAUCGAAAACGACGUCCUGGGCCGUGGAUGCGCUGUCUCAAGUGCGCAAGGAGCGCAAAGAGCGUGAAAAGAGGGUGAAGAACGCCGACUUCGAGAUAGCAACAGCCAAGGAGACCGUGCCUGAAAACCACCACGUUUACCGCGACGCAACCGGCUUCGAUUACGACAUUACGAUGACGCGAAUUGACUGGGAACACAACCGCAACGAAAGAUACCAGCUGCGCCUCUUCGAAUCCAACACCAAGCCUCACACCUACGCUACCGCCCUCCGCUACACCGCCCCCUCGACGCCUCCAGUUUUGCAGACCCUGAUCCCGAUCAACUCCCCCUACGCCACCGCCUUCUCGGCCUUUCGGCACGUCUUCCGCCUCAAAACACGACUCUACUGGGACGAGCGUCUACUGUCGGCCGUCGAGCUGCACGAGCUGGGCCGCAGCCCAGCCGUCGUUGCCGCGGCGGUUGCAAGAGAUAAGGUUAGGGCGCCCGAGGGCGUGGGGUUGGAGCAUCUGGAGGGGGAGAGCGGGAAGCCGUUUGUAUAUCGCGCGCCGACAAGAGGGAAGCCACAAGGGGCGUUUCCAGAGAUGUGGCUGGAGAAGGGAAGGGGGGCUGAGGAGGGGUUGGAGGGGAUGUUGGAGGGGGUGGUCGUGAUUUAA